AAUCUUUUGAAAUUUGGCACGGUAUUCAAAAGUCCGUGGAAAGAAAAAAACCCUUGCCCUAGCUUCAGCUUCCAACUCUGAAGAGCGACUUGCUUCUUUUCAACGGUUUUCACAGAUCCAGUGACCCACGCUCUGAAGUCAGAAUUAGCUAACUUUUAAAAACAUCUGGAAAAAUGAAGACAUGGUUAAAAAUUGUAUUUGGAGUUGCUACCUCUGCCGUGCUUGCUUUAUUGGUGAUGUGCAUUGUCUUGCGUCCUUCAAGAGUUCAUGACUCUGAAGGAAGUACAACAAGAGCACUCACACUGAAGGAUAUUUUAAAUGGGACAUUUACCUAUAAAACAUUUUUUCCGAACUGGAUUUCAGGACAAGAAUAUCUUCAUCAGUCUACAGAUAAUGAGAUAGUGUAUUACAAUAUUGAAACAGGAGAAUCAUAUACCAUUUUGAGUAAUGCCACCAUGAAAAGUGUGAAUGCUUCAAAUUAUGGCUUAUCACCUGAUCGGCAAUUUGCAUAUCUAGAAAGUGAUUAUUCAAAGCUUUGGCGAUACUCUUAUACAGCAACAUAUCACAUCUAUGACCUCAAUCAUGGAGCUUUUAUAAGAAGAAAUGAGCUUCCUCGUCCAAUUCAGUAUUUAUGCUGGUCGCCUGUUGGGAGUAAAUUAGCAUAUGUCUAUCAAAACAAUAUCUAUUUGAAACAAAGACCAGAAGACCCACCUUUUCAAGUAACAUAUAAUGGAAAAGAAAAUAAAAUAUUCAAUGGAAUCCCAGACUGGGUGUAUGAAGAGGAAAUGCUUGCUACAAAAUAUGCUCUGUGGUGGUCUCCUAAUGGAAAAUUUUUGGCAUAUGCAGAAUUUAAUGAUACAGAGAUACCAGUUAUUGCCUAUUCCUAUUAUGGUGAUGAACAAUAUCCUAGAACAAUAAAUAUUCCAUACCCAAAGGCUGGAGCUAAAAAUCCUGUUGUUCGGUUAUUUAUUAUUGAUGCCACUUAUCCUGAGCACGUAGGUCCCAGAGAAGUGCCAGUUCCAGCAAUGAUAGCAUCAAGUGACUAUUAUUUCAGUUGGCUCACAUGGGUUACUGAUGAACGGAUAUGCUUGCAGUGGCUAAAAAGAAUCCAGAACGUUUCAGUUCUGUCUAUAUGUGACUUCAGGGAUGACUGGCAGUCAUGGGACUGUCCAAAGAUCCAGGAGCAUAUAGAAGAAAGCAGAACUGGAUGGGCUGGUGGAUUCUUUGUUUCAACACCCGUUUUCAGCUAUGAUGCCAUUUCGUACUACAAAAUAUUUAGCGACAAGGAUGGCUACAAACAUAUUCACUAUAUCAAAGACACUGUGGAAAAUGCUAUUCAAAUUACAAGUGGCAAGUGGGAGGCCAUAAAUAUAUUCAGAGUAACACAGGAUUCACUGUUUUAUUCUAGCAAUGAAUUUGAAGGCUACCCCGGAAGAAGAAAUAUCUAUAGAAUUAGCAUUGGAAGCUAUCCUCCAAGCAAAAAGUGCAUUACUUGCCAUCUAAGGAAAGAAAGGUGCCAAUAUUACACAGCAAGUUUCAGUGACUACGCCAAGUACUAUGCACUUGUCUGCUAUGGCCCCGGCCUCCCGAUUUCCACCCUUCAUGACGGCCACACUGAUCAAGAAAUUAGAAUCCUGGAAGAAAACAAAGAAUUGGAAAAUGCUUUGAAAAAUAUCCAGCUGCCUAAGGAGGAAAUAAAGAAACUUGAAGUGGAUGACAUUACUUUAUGGUACAAGAUGAUUCUUCCUCCUCAAUUUGACAGAUCAAAGAAGUAUCCCUUGCUAAUUCAAGUGUAUGGUGGUCCUUGCAGUCAAAGCGUAAGGUCUGUAUUUGCUAUUAGUUGGAUUUCUUAUCUUGCAAGUAGGGAAGGGAUAGUCAUUGCCUUGGUGGAUGGCCGAGGAACAGCUUUCCAAGGUGACAAACUCCUGUAUGCAGUAUAUCGAAAGCUGGGUGUUUAUGAAGUUGAAGACCAGAUCACAGCGGUCAGAAAAUUCAUAGAAAUGGGUUUCAUUGAUGAAAAAAGAAUAGCCAUAUGGGGCUGGUCCUAUGGAGGCUAUGUUUCGUCACUGGCCCUUGCUUCGGGAACCGGUCUUUUCAAAUGUGGGAUAGCGGUGGCUCCUGUCUCCAGCUGGGAAUAUUACGCAUCUAUCUACACAGAGAGAUUCAUGGGCCUUCCAACAAAGAAUGAUAACCUCGAGCACUAUAAAAAUUCAACUGUGAUGGCAAGAGCAGAAUAUUUCAGAAAUGUAGACUAUCUUCUCAUCCACGGAACAGCAGAUGAUAAUGUGCACUUUCAAAACUCAGCACAGAUUGCUAAAGCUCUGGUUAAUGCACAAGUGGAUUUCCAGGCAAUGUGGUACUCGGACCAGAACCACGGCAUAUCCGGCCUGUCCACGAAGCACUUGUACACCCACAUGACCCACUUCCUGAAGCAGUGUUUUUCUUUGUCCGACUAAAAACUGACGCAGACGCAAGCCUGUAUCACAGUCGGAACACUUCCUAUAAGUGCCUCAGACCCUUUGUUCGUUUUACUCUUUAUGCUGUUAAAUCCUGGUACAAACAAACAAAUGAAUGAUGUUCUAAAGGCCGGCGGAAGAGGAAGACUCAGAAGUUCAUCCCAAAUACUGUUUACAUUUUCUGGCACUCUCCGAAAGAAGAGAAGAGGGCACCGUGCCCUUUGCUUUGGACACAGACAGUGUUUUACUCACCUGUUCGUUUGAGGAAAAUAAUAAAGUCAGAAGCUAAAGUGCU